AACCUUUCUUUCUUUCCAUUCGUCGAAUCGGCACAGUAUGGCGCCUGAAGUCGUAAAACGAUGGCAUAGCUGAUUUCAAGGAUCCUCUUUGCACACGCCGCGCCGGCAGCCUUGAGUUCCUUGUUUGUUUUUUGUGGCUAUUGUUGCGUUGUUGGUUCAUUCAAUGGUUGGUUACGAAGAAUGCGACUGUCGAAUGUGACAAUUUGAGUGUUCUGUGUAAAUUUUUGCUUGUUUUUUGUGCGUUCUUCGCGAUCAAUUUUGUCGUAUUGCGCAAACACUGCAAGAGAACUACGUAGAUUAUUGAAUUUCAUUAGUUCGACCAGUGACCUGUGAUUAUUAUAGUGAUCAGAAUUGAUUAUUGAAAAUACUGACCGUGGAAGUGAUCAUUCAAACUGAAGAUGGCAAACACAAGUGCUCGAAAUGAUUUUCACGAGGAAGAGAAAUCCAGGCAAGAAAACGAGAAGUUCGGUUUAUUCGUAUUGGAAGACUUGCUCAAAAAGAACCUCGUGACAGAUAUUGGUAAUAUCAUCUACACAGCCGGUGAAGACCUUCUUUCCAGUAGACAAAAUAUGUCUGUGACGGAUAUCUCAGAACCAUUUUGUGAUAAUAUCAUCUUAGCUAAAAUUUACAACGAUUAUAGCUGCGAGAAACAGAAACCCCGUAAAAUGCCGUACACCGUGAAGAAAAACAUAACGUCGUUUUCCAUCAACUAUUUAAAACGUAAAUUCAACCAGUUCCUUGGUACGAGUACAUCGUCGCAACCAACAUACUCCGUUCGAACAGAUGGUUUGGCGUAUUCUUUGUGGAAUAUGAAUAAUGGAAGAGCAAAUGGGAUCAAAGAAAUUAUUCGAGAAAAAAAUUUGACCUAUAUUAUUGAACAGAAAUUCCAUGAUCCGGUUUACAUGAUUUUCAAAAUUGAUCUUGCCGAUGAAAAUUUUACAACUCUCUUGGAUCAAUUACCAAUGAUUCUGCAAGAACUCCAAAGAAACCAUUAUUUCCUCUUGGAUUUGGAUAUUACUCAAGAUUUGACCGGCAUUUUCAACAAGAAAGAAAUGUGCAAUUUCUUGAAAAGAAACAAAGAAUUUCGAGAAAAUUUCAACGAGAUCGUAGAUAACGACACCAGUGUAGGAAUCGAUUGCUUGACUUGGGUAAAUUCGAAUACCCGGGUUAAAAUUUAUAAUAAAUUCAUUUGUCAAAUGACAAGCCCCGGAGUUCGUCAAAGAAUUGGAAACCACAUCGUAGAUUUUAUCGAUGGUCGGAAUAAACGGCUAAGAGAAACCUUUCAGUCGUAUUUAGCUAGACUCCAUGGAGUCCUUCGAUUAGAGGCGACCAUUUAUAAUUAUAACUAUUCGUGUUCAGGAUCUGAUAAAUCGUACGACCCGGUAAAACAUUGUCGAAAUUUACUGGCGAAUUGCACAAAAUACUUGAAAUCCGCUCCUAUUUACUCUGUACCAAUUCAAACGAUGUGGAGAAAACUGACCGAUGAAUUGCGCAACAGUUGCUGUCUCAUAAAUGAUAAUAUCCUACAAUACGUGUAUUGGGCGAAUGGCGUUACUGGAAAAUUCACAGGAAUUGUUAUCGAACUACCUACUAAUGACCCGAAUGAACGAGAAAGACUCAUCAAUUAUGCUAUAUCUCAAUUCAGCUUUAAUAAUUUACCAGUCAAUAAAGUGGAAAUUGUCAACGGUCUCAAUGGCAAGAGCGUACUCCUGGAAUGUUACACAAAACAAGGAGCGACGUAUUUUUCUAGUUCCUACACGUUUGGCUCGAGUAUUCCGAUCGAUCUAAAUAUUACCGAAACCGGAUUAAUUCCAACCGACAACGUGAUUCCUCAAGUUUUGAGACACUCCAAAUCACCCAUCUUGUGCCGGAUUACAAAAACGGAUCCCGAAUCGGACUUCAAUCGCUACGAACCAAGUUCAAAGAAACGAAAACUCGACUCGGAAAAUGGAUCACAAGGAAGAGAAGCCGAAAGUUUGUUACGUCGUUUUAGACAAACUGAAUGGAUACUACCCAAUGAAACCGAAUUCGCAGAAUUCAGAACGAACGGUAUGGAUUAUUACAAUGGAUAUCCGUUUCCAGAAAUUGAAGAAUUGCGCUUUUACACUGAUGAAAGUCAAUAUUGGAAUGACGCUGAUUCGCUAUUUGGCAUCCACACUGCCAAUUUAACCUUCCAGUGUGAUGACCUGGACGACGACGAAAUGGAAGAUUUUGAAAGCGAUUCCGACUAUUAAAAAUUCUUCACGAUUCCUUGAGCUAUUACUUAGGUAGUUUGUAGAUACCAUGAUUUUUUUUGUUUGUUUAAUUUUCUAAGCUGUGAAAAUUGUUUUAAGUUUUCAACAAAUAUUUUAUACCUAGUAAUACGUAGAUAGCUAAGUUCCAAAGAAAGCUUAAAAUGCCUAUUAUUAAGAUUACAAGAAAUAACUUUCAAAUAUUUGAAAUGUAAUAAUUCCCUCAACUCUAAAAAAACGAUAAUUUUUGCCGAAAAUUUUCUUUACGUAAGGUACCUAGCAAUUAUUACCUGCUAAUUUUAUACUUAUUGUCUAUUGAAAAACAUUAAAAUGAUAUAAAAAUUGUGUAGGUAAAUUUAAGAUUGUUUGAAAAUCAGAAAAUUAUCUUCACAAACAAUAUUAUUUCUUGUCUAAUUCAAUUUUUUUCCAUAGAAUUUCUACUAAUUGUUUAUUUGUGGUUUUUAUUGUUCUUUUUUUCAUUACAGUUAUCAAUUUUAUGAAUUAUGAUAUUUAGUAUUUCGAUCGUUUUAACUACAAGAGUUCUUAUUUUAACCGAUUUUUGUGAAUAUUAUCGCUAAUAAAAUUGUUUUCAAUUUUCGUGA